CAGGUUCCGUCCGUCUUGCGUCCGCGCUCUCUUUGGGACCUGAGCUGGAGUACAUGUACGUACUACUUGUUGUUGAAGGGCAUUUUAGCUCGCAUAGGCCCCGCCGUCCAGCGCCCAUGCUGUCCUCACAUCUGUACAUGUGCUAGACUAGUAGGUGCCGUUCUAGCAACGUCGACAUGGACUCAGAGAGCACAUCAUCGUAGGUGCAUCCUGCCGGCCAGCCGAUGAAACCAAGCCCGCCUGUGGUCGAUGGAAUGGUCGACCCCAGCGCCGCAACAAGCGCGUGCGCUCACUCACUCAGUCGCAGCAGUACACGCUAUCUCAUAGACAUGCCGCAUGCGUGGCAGCGUGCAUCACACAACAUUCAUCCUCCCCAGGGCCAGCCUAAAAGACCAUCCAUGGGCCCUGGUCUUUGUGUCGCCUUUGCUUCAUUGCUCAUGCUCAUGCUCACUGCGAGAGACGACCCGUCCUUGUGCCUUUCCCGCCUACACGGCCCAAUUAGCUCGCACACGUCUGACUGCAGCUCUCACGACAUAGCAGCACCCGCGGCAGUUGAGCUGAUCCUUCAGCACCAGACGGACAACGUCCUGCCGCCCCGGGCGGAACAGGGUAGAGCACGGCUUUGCAGAUCAUUAAAGUCGGGCAGAGACUCGUGGCCUGCGCGCGCGUCCCUCGCUUGUCCCUUCGCACGCCCUCUUGUCCUGGCUGCAUAAGUACAAGACAUCAACAACCACCGCGAGAUUGCAUGCCCAACUUCCGGAACCGACAGGCCCUGUUAUUAACGCAUGGAACACUCUGACAAGCCCAGCCCAGACCAGACAGCCACUCCUCGGAGGACUCGCUGCUGUCCCCUUUCUGGAUUUCUCCCCC